CAACGGGCAGAAGAAGCCGCGCGGACCCCGGUCAACUCGGUGCCGCAGUCAUCACCCGGUGGCUCUCGCGGUUCGGCGGAGGCUUUUGACGAUAACCCUGCCCGCUCGACAAGCUCGCCUUGCGUCGUUUCAGCCUCGUCAGCUCCGUUUUAGUGUGUAACCGGACCGCAUGGAGUCGGCGUUCAAAAGGUCUGCGAGGUGUUCCGAGUACAAGGGCUCGUCCAGCUAAUGUUAGCAAACCGCGGCGGGCUGUGCAGUGUGGACCCCGGGAGCGCAGAGGCUCGGCGCUCGCUCUAUCGACGGACGGACGGACGGAAGUGGGUGAACCCCAACAAUGGGCCUCAUAUUCGCCAAACUGUGGAGCUUCUUCUGCAACCAAGAACACAAGGUGAUAAUUGUCGGACUCGACAAUGCCGGGAAAACCACCAUCCUCUACCAAUUUCUGAUGAACGAGGUCGUCCACACGUCACCCACUAUCGGAAGCAACGUGGAGGAAAUAGUGGUGAAGAACACCCACUUCCUGAUGUGGGAUAUAGGAGGACAGGAGUCUCUCCGGUCCUCCUGGAACACCUACUACUCCAAUACAGAGUUCAUCAUUCUGGUGGUGGACAGCACGGACAGAGAGAGGCUGGUCAUCUCUAAAGAGGAGCUCUACAGGAUGCUGGCUCAUGAGGACCUGCGGAAAGCAGCUGUGUUGAUAUUUGCCAACAAGCAGGAUAUGAAGGACUGUAUGUCCGCGGCAGAGAUCUCCAAAUACCUCACCCUGAGCUCCAUCAAAGACCACCCCUGGCACAUACAGUCCUGCUGUGCCCUCACAGGAGAGGGUUUAUGCCAGGGCCUUGAGUGGAUGACAUCGAGGGCCGGCCUUAGAUAGCCCCGCCCCCCCCCCCACCGCCAGCAGCCAACGGCCUGACUACCUGCACCACCCACCCGGUGGCAACAACAGCUUGUCCUUACUGGCUUAUUUGUACUUUUUUUAAUUCUUUUUUUUUUUCUUUUUUUUUUUUAAUGAUAAGCUUGGACUUUGGCCUGUGGAGACGGCCCAAGUCUGAGCAGCUUCGACGCGCCCCACAGAGGGGAUCUUGGUGCUUCUCCCAAAUGGAGCGGAACCGACGGACCGACCUGGUCACGUGCUGCCGGACGGGCGUUCCUUUUACAGUAAAGGAGGAGGAGUCAUUUCAGUGCGCAGCAGGGCUGCACUGGGCGUGAUUUACACUACACACAUAUCAUGUCGCGUCACCUCAUAUCAAGCGAAACGCCAUAAACAUCACGUUGGUGCAGCGCUAUGAUUUUUGUACUUAUUGCCUCUAUAUAAGUUUGUUCAUUAACGAGGCGAGCAAAGGGAUUACAAGCAGUAUUUUGAAACCCCUUUUUUUGGGGGGGGAAUGGUGGCACAAGGGAGUUUUUCGGAAUAAUGUUCUCAUUUUUUUUCUUUUCAUUUAACAUCUGUUACACAUGAUUUCAGUUUCAUAAGCUCCAGUGUUGGCAGGUGUCACACUAGAAAUGAUUGGUGCCGUAUUAAAAUGUGGUCAAAUAUACAUCUCCCUUGUUUAUUAACUCUGAGCCUGUACUUGUUUGUACUUGAGCCGAAGGGUCGUCAUGCAAACCUUUAUUCAAAACUCACCCUUUAUAGCCACUUACUUUAAAAGCCUGCAAUGGCUAAAACAUCGGCGUUUCAAGUACAUCACUCGUUUGAUAACAAGGUUUAUAAAUAUAAUCAUUUAAGUUUUCUUUUCAAUGCAUUAUGAUUUGUUUUAUUUUUUUUUUGUGCUUAUUUUAU